UGCAAGGUGCAGAAAAUCUCUGAGAGGGAGCCAGACGGGUGGAUACUGCUGGAGGAGGAUGCGAGUGCUGCAAUAAGCAGCUGCAGCUUCAGGGAAGGUCCAGAUGGGAGCCAGAUAACCUCUGCUGGGGUGUAUGAGCCCCCGGACUGCUGGAGCCUUCUGCCUGCAGAGCUAUGAGAUAUGGAGGAGGCAGGCAGCUCCCUGCGGCAUCCCCGGGCACCCUCUGCCAUGCCCCAUCUACCAGCCCACCUCUUCUGCCUGCUGCUGCUCUCCUGCCCCCAGCCCUGGGGGGCCUCUGCCUGGCACACAGCUCCGCACCACAACGAGACCGCAGGAGGCGCUGCUAGUACCCUGGCAGAUGAAGAACGGGCAUCACAGCGCAAUAACAGCGGCAGAGCGAGCACCAACCACAAUCGGAGCAAUGACGUGCACAAAGAAAUCACACUGCCUUCUAGACUGGUCUAUUACCUUAACAAGGAAUCGGAAACUCCAUAUCACAUAUUGGAUACAAAGACGAGGGACCAGCAAAAGCAUGACAAGGCCGUGCAUCUUGCCCAGGCCAGCUUCCAGAUAGAGGCUUUCGGUUCCAAGUUCGUCCUUGACCUUUCACUGAACAACGGCCUCUUGUCCUCAGAUUACGUGGAGAUUGAGUACAGUGAAGGACAGCCCAAACUCUAUAAGGGGGGGGAGCACUGCUACUACCACGGCGCCAUCCGAGGCCUCCAGAACUCCAGAGUGGCUCUAUCUACGUGUAAUGGUUUACACGGGAUGUUUGACGAUGACGCCCAUACCUACACCAUAUAUCCCGUGAACAUGACUCACAGCACUGAAAGCACAAGUCGACCGCACUACAUCGAGAAAGCUCCAGGGUCCCAGAUCUCCAGACUUCCAGACCUAUCAGAGUCAGCGAGGAAAGACACCAACGCGCAGCCGUAUUCCGCACAAGCGCAGUGGCUAAGAAGGAGACGGAAACGAGCGCUGAACGUGCCACGCGGAGUCUUUGAAGAAAUGAAAUAUGUAGAACUUAUGAUCGUUAAUGAUCACCAAAUGUACAAGAAACAGCGCUCAUCUCACGUCCAUACCAGCAACUUUGCGAAGUCCGUGGUGAACUUGGUUGAUUCUAUUUAUAAGGAACAGCUGAACACGCGUGUGGUUUUGGUGGCCGUGGAAACCUGGAACGAUAAAGACCGCAUUACAAUUGGCCCUGAUCCCAUGAAGCUGUUACACGACUUCUCCAAGUAUCGGCAGAAUCACAUCAAGCAACACGCGGACGCCGUGCACCUGCUCACGAACGGAACAUUCCACUACAAGAGAAGCAGCAUGAGCUUCUUCGGAGGUGUCUGCUCUACUUCAAGAGGCGUUGGAGUAAAUGAGAACGGGUUUCUGAUGGCGAUGGCGCAGCAGCUGGCGCAAAGUUUAGCGCAGAACCUCGGAAUUCAGUGGGAACCAUCUUCUCGGAAGGUGAAGCCAAAAGAGUGUGACUGCGCCGAGAACUUUGGAGGAUGCAUUAUGGAGGAGACUGGAGUUUACCAUUCCCGGAGAUUCUCAAAGUGCAGUAUUGCCGAGUUCAAGGAAUUCCUGUCUCGAGGAGGGGGGUCGUGUCUUUUUAAUAGACCAACAAAGCUCUUUGAAGUGACGGAGUGCGGCAACGGUUACGUGGAGCCGGGGGAAGAGUGCGACUGCGGUUCACGGACGACCAAACAUAUAACCCAGGAUUGUGCUGGAGACUGCUGCAAGAAAUGUUCUCUGUCUAAUGGGGCGCACUGCAGCGAUGGGCCGUGCUGUAAUACCUCGUGCCUGUUCCUCCCCCGCGAGUAUGACUGUCGCUACGCGGUGAAUGAAUGUGACAUCAUCGAGCACUGCACCGGGGACUCAGGCCAGUGCCCGCCCAACCUCCGGAAACAAGACGGAUAUGCCUGCGAUUCAAACCAGGGACGCUGUUAUAAUGGUGAAUGUAAGACGAGAGACAAUCAGUGCAAACACAUCUGGGGACAGAAAGCUGCCGGGUCAGACAAGAACUGCUAUGAGAAGCUGAACGUGGAGGGGACGGAGAAAGGGAACUGCGGGAAGGACGGCAGCAGCUGGAUCCAGUGCAGUAAACACGAUGUAUUCUGCGGGUUUUUACUGUGUGCAAAUGUGACCAAAAUUCCUCGCAUCGGCAAAUUAGAAGGCGACAUCCCACCGACGUACAUCAACUUCCAGGGGAGAGUGAUGGACUGCAGUGGCGCUCACAUUCUGUUGGACGAUGAGACCGAUAUGGGGUAUGUGGAGGACGGAACGCCUUGCGGCCCUUCCAUGAUGUGCUUAGACAGGAAGUGCCUGUCUAUUGCUUCCCUGAACAUCAGCAGCUGCCCGAUGGGUUCCAAUGGCAAAGUCUGCUCCGGACAUGGGGUUUGCAGCAAUGAAGCCACCUGUAUAUGUAGCUCCACGUGGGCCGGAACUGACUGCAGUAUCUACGACCCAAAGAAAGAGAAAUGUCAAAAAGAGGAGAUACGACCCCUCACAGUCUGGAAUAUGAGGCACCUCUGGUGGCCCGCCAUCUUGCCCUGCACUAUGUGGUCAGCGACUACAAGAUCACUCCUAUGGGAAAUCUCCACGCCACGUCAGCCAUUUCCAUAUCCGUAUUUUCAUACAAUUCUCAAUGGCCUCUAUUUUUUUUAUUUUUUUUUUAGACAAAAUAUAAAGGUUCUUCCAUUACUGUUGAUCUUCUUCCUCACUCCGCCUACACAACGUCCCAUUGCAUUAAAUAAAAAUAGAAAUACAAGUGCAAUAGUUUUUCAUAAAAUGCCGGGUUUAACGUGGGGAAACAUCUUAAUUGUCGCUGGUUGGCGCUCAAUAAGAAUCAUCUGACUUAAGCAUGACGAACUUUCCUCAUCGAACACCGGUGGGAAAAAAAAUCUGAGGCAUGAUAAAAAUAAUUUAAAAAAAAUCUUUUAUAAAAAACAAAAAAGCAACGCUGCAUGGCACAUGGCUACAACAGACCACGAAACCCCCCACGGACGUUGCUAUUGAGCAAACUUUAAACAAACCCCGUCCCCCCAACAAAAUGAAUGACGGAGAAAAUGAAGACGUACAUGGGAGUAACGUCUUUUGUUGAGAAGACUUUAUUAAGUGCAUUGCGGUCCUUCAACCCGCAACCAAACAUUUCCUGAAACCCAAGCCAUGAUUUCUCUGCCCUGACAGAGUGGACAUGAAGUCAUACAGUCAACAACUACAUAUAUAACGGACAUGUAUAUAUGGAAAUAGAAGACUUUAAAUGAUCAAAUGUAUUGAAAGAUUUUCUGACAACAAAAGCUUUAUGUGUAUGUAAAAAAAAAUGAAUGCAUUCAAAUAAUAUACAUGCAUAUAUUCAUAUGUGUAUGUGCUAUAUACGUAUGUGUUAUAUAUUAUAUAUAUACAUAUAUGUAUACGCACAUAUGUGUAGCACAUACUAUAUAUAUAUAUAUAUAUAUAUAUAUAUAUAUAUAUACAACUUUGUCUCCACACUUUUCUAGCAUGUAGGUUAGGCACGCAGGGCUUGCAUACAUAAACAAGGAAGAUUUAGCAUGUACAUGCAGAAAAUUCUGGCACAACGCAGGUGUGACCUAAGGUAUGUAUGCUUGAAACCAAAAAAACGUACACCUUUAUUAAAGUAUAUACUGUAAAUGGAUAGGUAUUUAAGAAUUCUAAAUAUGAUUAAGUUCCAUUUUUAAUUUCAUGGAAAUUUUGUACAUAAUGUAUGAAAAUAGAUAUAUAGCUACAUACUCAAAUUACUCACUAAAGUGCCAAGUUCAUAUGCACACUUCUGUUUUCACGUUGUAACUCUCACAUGCAUGUAUAUAUGUAAGUCUUUGCAUAA